AUGGCCAUGCCGGCCGCUUCGCGCACCGCCUCCCAAACCACUCCCGCUCGACCCUCUAUUUCGCCGCUCAGCACCGCUUCCAAGAAGCUCAACUCCUCUCCUAUUGCCACACGAGAUGCAACGAUGCAAGACGUCGAGGCGCAGUUGAACUCGGAAAUGGGCAUGGAGGCUGCCGACAACGAUGCCGAUCUCGGGGACGGGCAGGACGAUCGGUCGAGUAGUCUGAGCGACCCAGAGGACGACAAUGACGAUAUGGACGGCCUAAAUGGUGUGGCGGACAACAUAACAGAGGAGGAGCAGUCGGGCGCGAGAAGAGACCUUGAAGUCGACUCCGAGGCCGAGACAGAGAGGCUGGAUCAGACACCGCAAAAGCUGCGCAAGCAUGCAGACGCACUGGGAAGGACACCCAGUAAGCUCAGUCAGGCCGCGACGGCCGAGGAUGAUCUCUCAGACCCUCCGUCGCCAUUGCCAGCUGGUCCGGGCGCGGCGUCGAGCACGAGCACUGUCGCGACAGCAGGCCAAAAGCGGAAGCGAUCAGAAGACGACGGCGACAGCCCAUUGACGAGCGCAGAAUCCGACAUUGGAGAGUCACCGCGGAAGAGGAGUCAUGAGAUUACGGCAGAUACACCAGCCCACAACUUCGACGAUGCUGCGGCACGUUUAGAACGAGCCGAGGAGAGAGAAGGCACGCCGGCGGCAGAUGGUGCUGUCGCAAAGGGCGGCAAAGGGCGCAAAGGCAGGCCAAAGGGCAAGAAGCACGAACAGGCCAACGCGCAGCCCACGGCCGAUGCUGCCGAGCCCGAAGAAGAGCAAGCUAUAGAGGAUAAUCAGCCAAAGACCGAAGAAGACCUUGCCGCAAAAAAGGAAGCCACCACGCUCUACGACGACGUCGCAAAGCAGUUUCGUGCUUUCCGCGAGCGCCUUACCAACGAACGCCUCGCAGUCCUGACCUCCGAGCUCCACCUGCUCUCCCAGCCCGAAUGCGAAUACCCCGAGUACCUGCGCCAGGUAGCGUGCGUGGAUGCGCGACUAAAUAAGCAGAUCAGCGAAGCGCAUGCAUACUACAACUACCGCAUGCGCAGUCUGCGCGACCGCGUGCUCGGCGACAGAGCUCAGUUGCACAGCCAGCACUUCCAAACUGUGAGGGAGCUGAGGGACGAUGUUCUGGACCAGCUGGGAGAGGACUGGUAUGCGAUACAGAAAGAGCGAAGAAGUGGAGACGAAGCGGCGGAUGAGCGAUACAUCUACAAGUUUCCGAAGAAGAGGAGUGAUCAUGUCAAGCAACAAGCCAAGUACAACCAAGAAGUUUCGAUACUGAGUGGUAUGGCGAAGUAUGUCGGGUUCCCUGCGGCGCCAGAUUUGGCGGGGGCGGAUGUGAGGGCGUGGGAGGAAGAUGCGCGUGCAAUGAAGGUGACCAUUCGAACUCGCAAUCACUCUGCUGGUGACAGUUUGCUAACUUCUCUACAGCUAUCAAAACGCGGCGCUCAACCUACCCACGCUCCGCAACAACACCAACAACAUCCGCCACAACAACCAACUUACCUCGCCGGCCCCACCGUCCCCGCAUUCGCCCCAGAUGAACGUCUUGCUCACGAGCAAUUCUACGAGCAGAAUGCGUGGGCGCGACCGCAAGCGCCUAUACACCAGUCGCAUGCACACCCUCUUGGGAGUGGUGUUGGCACUCCCGGCAUAUCCCACACUCCAGACUGGGCCGCGGACCCCAAUCCAACCGCCAGAAACUUAAUGCACAAUCUAUACCAACGAAAUCAAGUAAGCAGCCCGCUGGCUACACCCGCGAGACACUCAGGAGGUGGCGAUGGUGCCGACGCGCUCCCUUCGAGCGUCAUGGCGCAGCCGCCUACAGCUACAUCUGCCAUUGCGGAUCGGAUGAACCUUCUCUCCCAGCUCAGUCGAGCAAAUGGCGGCGACCGGGAACCGCCUUCUUCGUCGCCUCUUACCGCAAUUCCUAGGCCCAAGUACGAUGGCGAUUUGACGGGUUUCAGGAACAUCUCCGGCAUUUCGGCGAUAUCAGGCGCAAGCACCAUCGAUGCGCCGCCUGAAGCCGACAACAAUCACCAUUACCGACACGAUGAAGCGCCAAAGCAUCCUCUUCCGCAUCUCAUAGCGCAGCCAUCAGCUCCGCAGCAGGUCUUCGACACCAGCCAGCUGCACCGGCAUCCUGCGGAGAGUGGGAGGGAGGUGUAUUCGAGCGCAGGGUUCAGGCCAAAAGAGGGUGCAUUUGGGACGCCAACGCCUGCGCCUUUGAUGCCUUCUGGUGGUCGAGAGGGCAAUGGCGCGUCAUGA